GUCCCAGAACCACACCAUAAUUUUUUGGGAUGGUCUAUUUUACAUUUUACAUAGGCAAAAGCUUCGCAACACUCUCCCACUUCUCUCAAAUCUUGUUCAUUAUCAGACGCAUCAGGGUUCGUCUGCUGCGAUUCAUGCCAUGGCACCCAUCAAGGGUAUUCUUAAUCUGCAGAGGGCAGUUUUAGCCCGACAUCAUGGUGAGAAGUGGGGCCUAGGGUAUAGGUUAUUGAGCACUCAGGCUGCAUCAAGUUCUACUACUCCUCAACCUCCACCACCUCCCCCACCUCCAGAGAAAACCCAUUUUGGUGGCUUGAAAGAUGAAGACCGAAUUUUUACCAACUUAUAUGGAUUGCAUGACCCAUUUCUCAAAGGUGCCAUGAAGCGAGGUGACUGGCACAGAACCAAAGAUUUAGUUAUCAAAGGUUCUGAUUGGAUUGUUAAUGAAAUGAAGAAGUCUGGCCUCCGCGGACGUGGUGGUGCUGGUUUCCCAUCUGGCCUCAAAUGGUCGUUUAUGCCAAAGGUAUCCGAUGGUCGCCCUUCCUAUCUUGUUGUCAAUGCAGAUGAAAGUGAACCUGGAACCUGUAAGGACAGGGAAAUAAUGCGCCAUGAUCCACAUAAGCUUUUAGAGGGUUGCCUGAUUGCUGGCGUAGGGAUGAGGGCCAGUGCUGCUUAUAUCUAUAUAAGAGGUGAAUAUGUGAAUGAACGAUUGAACCUUGAAAAGGCCAGAAAAGAAGCUUAUGCAGCUGGGCUACUGGGCAAGAAUGCUUGUGGAUCUGGUUAUGACUUUGAUGUUCAUAUCCAUUAUGGUGCUGGUGCUUAUAUUUGUGGUGAAGAAACUGCACUUCUGGAGAGCCUUGAAGGCAAACAGGGAAAGCCAAGAUUGAAGCCUCCUUUCCCUGCUAAUGCAGGAUUAUAUGGCUGUCCCACUACUGUUACAAAUGUGGAGACGGUGGCUGUUUCUCCCACCAUUUUAAGGCGUGGACCAGAGUGGUUUUCCAGUUUUGGGAGGAAGAACAAUGCAGGGACGAAAUUGUUUUGUAUCUCAGGACAUGUUAACAAGCCUUGCACUGUUGAAGAGGAGAUGAGUAUACCCUUGAAAGAAUUAUUAGAGAGGCACUGUGGAGGCGUGAGGGGUGGAUGGGAUAACUUACUUGCAGUAAUUCCAGGUGGUUCAUCUGUUCCAUUGCUUACCAAGGACAUAUGUAAUGAUGUAUUGAUGGAUUUUGAUGCACUGAAGGCUGUCCAAUCUGGGUUGGGGACUGCUGCUGUUAUUGUGAUGGAUAAAUCAACUGACAUUGUGGAUGCAAUUGCACGACUUUCUUACUUCUACAAGCAUGAGAGCUGUGGGCAGUGCACACCGUGCAGAGAGGGGACUGGAUGGCUUUGGAUGAUCAUGGAAAGAAUGAAAGUUGGGAAUGCAAAGUUGGAAGAGAUUGACAUGCUUCAGGAGGUGACCAAGCAGAUUGAGGGGCACACGAUCUGUGCUUUGGGUGAUGCUGCUGCUUGGCCUGUGCAAGGUCUGAUAAGGCAUUUCAGGCCAGAGAUGGAGAGGAGGAUCAGGGAGCGUGCUGAGAGGGAGCUGCUGGAGGCAGCUGCCUAGAUGUCUUUCACAGGUUGAGUCUUGCCUCAGUUCUAGUAUGCAUUCAUUUCUUCAUUUGACUUCUAAAAAUAAGAAACAAAGGAGAAAAACAAUACAAGCAACUUCAACUUGGGUACUUUGAAUUUGUUUGUUGUUAUUUUGUUGUAACACCAACUAUCAGGUGGCCUGAUCUGGUUGGAUGAAUCUAUACAUGGGUUUUCUUGGACUCAAGUAAAAAGUACAUUUUCUUAGAAUGUUGCAAGGCUUACCCAGGUUGAUGGUGUGGGCUUAUCUUAUGUGUUGAUAUUUAGCAAUAAGAUUAGUGACUAAAGUGACUUAAGAUGGUCAUUAUUUUUGGUUGUUGCA